AGAGGCAAGACGGGGACGGACACACAACCAGACAGAGAAACUGUUCAGACGACGAACCAUCGCUGAGAGGCGAGUUGAGUCGCGUUGAGUCUCGUUUCGGGUUCGGACUCAGAUUCGCGUUGGCUUCGCAUUCGGUUUGUUAUUUUUUGGCAUUUUGUUCGAUUUUUCGUGCCGACAUCUAAUAAAAAAGCUGUACAUCGCGAACGUACAUGUGCGGAGAGCGCUACCGUCGAGAACUUGUGAGGCAGCCAUCAAAAAUAACUAAAAAUGUAGUCGGCGAGCGACACAAACCGAAAUAAAACGCAAAAGUGCACCGAAAACAAUCGCCAGGCGGGCAAAGUGUUGAAUAAACAACGCAUAAUUAACCUGGCUGCCACACAUCGCGUCGUAUACGCAACGUCGCCCCAGCGGAUAGAGGAAGCAGCCGUUAGAAGAGCAACGGCACGAGCAGAAAAGUAAAAAUAAUAAAAGCGCCUAAUAAAAAGUGGGCAUGUCCUUUGGAAUUACAGCAAAUAACACUUGGCUGAAUCAGUAGCAGUUUCGCGAUCGUCUGCAGUUUACUUUUUGCUACAUUGCAACCGCAUCAGCGUAUCUGUGUGUAUCUGCCACGCCGCUGCAUUGGUAGAGGUAUUUUUGCGAAUUUCGGCUCGUCUCGGGGGUGUCUGUGUGAGCACGUGCAUCUGUGUGCGCUGACAACUGCGCCUGUGUUCGCGGCCCAUUGCAAUUGCAAUUUUUCGCCCCUACCUCCUACCUCCUACCUCCUCCAGCUGCCCCGUUCCGAGCUUCGACAAGUCGUGCCAUUGCCUGCCGCAAUCAGCAUUUUGAGAUGAACCAAAUGAAAUCGCAUCAAUUAAAACAUCUUUGAAACCCAUUUUAAACCAACAAAAAAAGUAUAAAAUUUAAUUUCAACUAAAAAAGAAAAACGUAACAAGUUUCGGGCAAAAACGGAACUACAAAAAAAAGUUUUUAAACCAAAAUAAAUAAAUGAGGCACUUAAGAAGAAAGGAAUUUAAAAUUUGAUCAAUAUGAAGAGAAACAAAUAACCAGCAGAAACCACAGUGGCGAUUAGCCCAGCACAGCUAAGAAAGUCAAAGGAACCCGCGAAAAUGUGCACCAGAAGUCAGUAGAGCAGGCACUUCGACCAAAUCGAAAGCGACGACGUAAGCGAGUUACAGGCAAAGUUAAGUGCUACCCCAACCACAAACCAAAACAACAGCCAGUACCUACAAGGAACCAAUUGAGCAGCGCAUCCGAAGCAAUGGCCAUUAACUUUUCGGCCUCCUUUGCGGCCUGCAUAGCAGCCGGACUGAAGGUGCCGCGCCAGAUCAUGUACUGCAUCACCCAGGACACGGGCCAGCCGUACGUGCUCUACAAGGACUCGCAGGACGCGGAUCGCAACCCCGGUGCCAUUGGCGCCAGUCCCGCCCAGUGGGGCGGCGACAUGUACCCCAACAUCCAGCAGCAGGCCCAGCAGCACCUCACCGCCCAGCAGCAGCAGCAACAGCAGCAGCAGAACGCGGCCCAGGCGGCUGCCCAGGCGGCAGCUGUGGCGGCGGCAGCGGGACAACCGCAGAGUCCUCCGGGCGGCGGUCAGGAGCCGCGGGACAACGGCAGCGGCGACGGCCGGCAGCAGCAGGUGUCGCCCUCGUCGAGUCCGUAUCCAUCCGUAUCGCAGCAGCAGCGGGCGAACGGGGCCGGCGACGAGGAUCCCAUGAGUCAGCUGGCCAACCAGCAGAACUCCGCGCCCAACCAAAACCAAAGCAGCAAUGACCCCCAGCACUCGGGCUCCAAUGCGGGCGAGCCGGGCAAUCCGCACGUUCAGCAGAACGGUGGACCCCAACCAGAUCCCGGCAACGGGUUCCAGACGCCGGACUACUACGCCCCCCGCCAUGCGGCACCGCAAGGAGGCAUGCUGGCGCCGCCCGGCUUCCCGCCGCUCCACUACCUCAACAAGGGUGUGCUGCCCAUGGAGCAGUCCGGCGGAGGCGGAGGCGGAGGAGGUGGCGGCGGCGGCGGCGGCGGCGGCGGAGGAGGCGAGGCGUACGCAUUGCCCGAACUGCUGCCCGCCCAGCAGAAUGGCCAGCAGAACGCCGGACCGGCGAACGCCAAUGCCACUGAAGGCGGUGCGGGGGCCAACGGCGGCGGAGGAGCGGGCGGUGCGUCGGGGGCGGGUGUGGGUCCUGUGGGCGUGGCGAGCGGCGGGAGGACGGGCAACGGUCCGGGACGCCCGCACAAGAACAAGCCGCACAGCGACCUGCGGCUGUUCAAGUGCCUCACCUGCGGCAAGGACUUCAAGCAGAAGAGCACGUUGCUGCAACACGACCGCAUCCACACGGACGCUCGCCCCUUCCCGUGCUCCGAGUGCGGCAAGCGCUUCCGCCAGCAGUCGCACCUCACGCAGCACCUGCGCAUCCACGCCAACGAAAAGCCCUUCACGUGCCCGUACUGCUCGCGCAGCUUCCGACAGCGCGCCAUUCUCAACCAGCACAUACGCAUCCAUUCGGACGUCUCGCCACACCUCAUCUUCAAGAACGGGCCGCACCCGACCCUGUGGCCCUCGGACGUGCCCUUUCCCGGCGAGGACAACGACACCAAGGGGGACAUUGCCGGCACGGGCGGCGGCUACCACGACGAGGACUCGCAGGGAACGCCGGACGGCAGCGGCGGCAUGCACUACCCAUCGUACUUCAAGGACGGCAAGGGCCAAAAGAUUCUGCCCGAGGUGUUGCAGCACAUCGGCGUGAGGCCGGCGAACAUGCCGCUCUACGUGCGGUGCCCCAUCUGCGACAAGGAGUUCAAGCAGAAGACGACUCUGCUGCAGCACGGCUGCAUCCACAUCGAGUCGCGGCCGUAUCCCUGCCCGGAGUGCGGCAAGCGAUUCCGCCAGCAGUCGCACCUCACGCAGCACCUGCGCAUCCACACCAACGAGAAGCCCUUCGGCUGCAUGUACUGCCCGCGCUUCUUCCGCCAGCGGACCAUCCUCAACCAGCACUUGCGCAUCCACACCGGCGAGAAGCCGUACAAGUGCGGCCAGUGCGGCAAGGACUUCCGGCAGAAGGCCAUCCUGGACCAGCACACGCGCACCCACCAGGGAGAUCGCCCCUUCUGCUGUCCGAUGCCGAACUGCCGUCGCCGAUUCGCCACAGAGAACGAGGUCACUAAGCACAUUGACAACCACAUGAACCCCAACACCACCAAGGUGCGCCGUCAGCAGCAGCAGCAACACCAGCAGCAGCAGCAGCAGCAGCAACAGCAGCAGCAGCAACAGCAGCAACAGCAACAGCAGAACAACAACACCGUCGCCCAGGUGGCUUCGGUGGCCAAUCACCUGAUGAACGACGCCAAGAACCUGGCGGCCCAGCAGUUCCUCAACAACAACAACCCGUCGACGGUGGACAACAAGGCCAACAUCCUCCCGGUGCGCAGUAUAGCGUCCAAUGCGGCGGCCGCCGCCGUCGUCCAGCAGUCGGUUGUGAAGAACGAGCUCUACUUCCCCCAGUGCUACGGACCGCCGUUCCAGCAUCCCUUCCAGACGCAGCAGCAGCAGGCCCAGCAGCCCAGCGUGGCCCACGGCGGUCCCACUCCGCCGGUGACCGUGACGGUGGCCAACUCGGUGGCCUCCGGCGUGGUGGUGCAGCAGAACGCCUCCGCCUCCGUGGUGGCCCAGUGACAUCCCACCACUGGAGCAACCGGGGCACAGCAACAGCAGCAACAGCAGCAGCAGCAGCCGUCAGCGGCGCAGCAGCAACACCACCCGCCGCCGCCUCCACCGCCCACGUCGUCCGCCCAUCACAUUGCAGCCGCGGCUGCUGCUGCUGCUGUCACCGCGGCCACGCCCUCAUCCGC